CAACUUGAAAAAGACUCUCCUUGUUCCUGUCAACAACUCAGAACAUAGUAACGUCUCUUUGUCAACCGUGCCUUAUUUGUCUCUCCGGCUCUCUCUCUCUCUCUCUCUCUCUCUCUCAUAACACUCCGCUCUCAUCACCGGCAUUUUCCGCAACUGGUCGGUUCGUCGUUUGAUGGAAUCGCUGUCGCCGGCGAUCAGCGUCGUCGUCCCGGCAAGAGUUCCUCACUUCUCCGGCCUUUGUACCAUCACCCCGUUACUCCCUAUCUGGAGGCCGAAAUCGAACCGACGCCAGAGGAUUCGCGCGCACGCGGAGAAUACGAGGCCGCCUUCAUCAGCCGCCUCGGCCGCCGCCGCAGCGAUCGACUACAGCGAUCCUAACUGGAAGUCCAAGUUCCAGAAGGAAUUCGAGUCUCGAUACGGUAUUCCUCACCUCACCGACGUAAUUCAUGACGCCGUGCCCAUUCCCUCCACCUUUUGUCUCCGGAUGAGGAGUCCUACUGAAGAUUUUGCUGAUGGUUAUCCGUCAGAUGAGAAGUGGCAUGGAUACAUUAGUAACAAUGACAGAGUACUUCUGAAGGUCAUAAAAUAUUCCUCUCCCACAUCUGCGGGUGCUGAGUGCAUUGACUCUGACUGUACUUGGGUGGAACAAUGGGUUCACCGAGCUGGUCCUCGGGAGAAAAUAUACUUCAAACCAGAAGAAGUGAAAGCAGCAAUUGUGACAUGUGGUGGACUUUGCCCUGGUCUCAAUGAUGUCAUCAGACAGAUUGUAAUCACCCUUGAAAUAUACGGUGUGAAAAAGAUUGUGGGGAUUCCUUUCGGUUAUCGGGGAUUUGCUGACAAAGACUUGAGAGAAAUGCCACUAUCCAGGAAUGUGGUUCAAAAUGCCCAUCUUUCUGGUGGAAGCUUGCUAGGAGUUUCGCGUGGAGGACCCAGUGUUAGUGAUAUCGUGGACAGUAUGGAGGAAAGAGAAGUCAACAUGCUUUUUGUGUUGGGUGGAAAUGGAACUCAUGCCGGUGCCAAUGCAAUACACAAUGAGUGCCGUAAAAGACAGCUGAGGGUGGCUGUUGUUGGUGUACCAAAAACCAUUGACAAUGAUAUUUUGCUGAUGGACAAAACUUUUGGUUUCGAUACUGCAGUUGAAGAAGCACAACGUGCAAUAAAUUCUGCUUACAUUGAGGCUCAUAGUGCUUAUCGCGGUAUUGGGAUUGUGAAGUUGAUGGGUCGUAGUAGUGGAUUUAUAGCCAUGCACGCCUCCCUUGCUAGUGGACAAAUUGAUAUAUGUCUCAUCCCGGAGGUGCCUUUCAAUUUACAUGGACCCCAUGGUGUCCUGAGCCAUCUGAAGUACCUACUGGGGAAAAAGGGAUCAGCUGUGGUCUGUAUAGCAGAGGGAGCUGGGCAGGAUUUUCUCCUAGAAACCAAUGCCCAAGAUGCAUCUGGAAAUAUUGUCCUCGGAGAUAUUGGUGUAUAUCUACAACAAGAGAUAAAGAGAUACUUCAAUGAGAUGGGUACUCCAGCUGAUGUGAAGUACAUUGAUCCGACAUACAUGAUCCGAGCAGUCCGUGCAAAUGCGUCAGAUGGAAUUCUUUGUGCUGUACUCGGUCAAAAUGCGGUUCAUGGUGCAUUUGCUGGAUAUAGCGGCAUCACGGUUGGAAUAUGCAACACACACUAUGUCUAUCUUCCCAUCCCUGAAGUAAUUUCUUACCCUAGGGUGGUGGACCCAAAUAGCCGGAUGUGGCAUCGUUGCUUGACAUCGACGGGCCAACCAGAUUUUGUAUGAUCAGGGAAUGUAUUAUAUGCCAUACUGCAGAUUUGAGAAGCCUCAGUGUAUAUAUUUGCAAAUUAUAUAUACAACAGAGCAGCCAGCUUCAGAAGAAUAGAAAUAAAACAGAGGAGGACAGGUUCUUCUGAAUCCCAUGAUUCUUUUUCGCUGUACAACAUUGCAGUAUCGGUUCUCGUAGGACUAAUUAUUACUAAUAAAUAAAAAUAUCUUCGAAACCACCCUUGGUUCCGUUGAUGCUGCAAAAAGUGUUUGUUCGUACUUGAGAAGUUAUUUUUACUGAGGAAAUCGUGUUUUCCCGUCUCAA